AUGACUUCCCUGAUUCGUCAGAAUUAUUCCACGGAGGUGGAGGCUGCCAUCAAUCGCCUGGUCAGUUUGCACCUGCGGGCCUCCCAUACCUACCUCUCUCUGGGUUCCUACUACCACCGCGACGAUGUGGCUCUGGAAGGCUUGGGCCACUUCUUCCGCAUGUUGGCUGAGGAGAAACGCCAGGGCGCCAAGCGUCUUGUCAAGAUGCAAAAUCAGCGCGGCGGUCACGCCCUCUUCCCAGAGGUGGAGAAACCAUCGCAAGAUGACUGGGGGGAUCCGUUAGACGCUAUGGAAGCUGCCCUGGCCCUAGAGAAGAACCUGAACGAGGCCCUGUUGGAUCUGCAAGCCUUGGGUUCUGCCCACACAGACCAUCAUCUCCGUUACUUCCUGGAGAACCACUUCCUGGAUGAGGAGGUGAAACUCCAGGAGAAGAUGGGCAAUCACCUGACCAACCUCCGCAGGCUGGUAGGCCCCCAGGCAGGGCUGGACCAGUAUCUCUUUGAAAGGCUCACAAAGUGA